AUGCUGAGGGUCGGGCUGUCGACUUUGAGGGACCACUUCCUCUCUGUCUGCCGCACACUCACCGUUGACCUCCUCAAGGAGCGCCUCCUGGCGGCUGAGAAGAGUAUAGUCGCUGUAGGAGUCUCUCGUGGUGGCCCGCGUUCCCCCUCCUUUGAGGGGUGCUCCCCCUACCCCCUUUUGCCCUCUGUUGCCUCUGCUGGUGCCGUCGACUUCGUUGGCACCAAGUCGGUCGGCGCUGCGUCUGCCCCUAGCGGGAGACGCCGCACCGGCAAGGGCAAGGGGGGCAAGGGCGCUGGAGGAGCUGGCGGGGGCGGUGGAGGUGGCGGUGGAGGCGGCGGAGGGAGUGGGGGUGGCGGUGGGAGUGGUGGCGGGGGUGGGGGCUUCGGUGGCGGCGGCGGUGGGGGUGGGAGCGGAGGAGGAGGCGGUGGCGGCGGCGGUGGAGGUGGCGGUGGCGGCGGUGGAGCGGGUCGGGGUGGCUGUGCGCAGCGGGGCGGCUUCGGUGGUGGUCAGCGCCAGCAGCAACAGCGCACUCGUGAGACCCCGCCCCCCCAGCAGCUUCGUGAAAGGUACGCUGCGCGUCAGCGGGGUGGGGGUGCUGGUCCUUGUGCCUACGUCCUGCGUACCGGCGACCGCACUGGUGAGCCGUGCGGUGGCCCGCACACCACCCAGCGCUGCUUCCGUCGCCUGACGGACGCUUGGCGUCUCCAGUUCCCUGACGCCACUGAGAUCCCCCGCUGGGGCGAGCUGCUUACGUCGGGGGUUGCUAUCUUUGAUCUGGAUUAUGAUGCUAUUCUUGCUGCCAUGUAUGUUGUGUCUACUAGUGAUGAGGGUGACUGUUACCUGUGUGUUCCGCCUGACCCGGGCAUUAAAGCUGCUGCUCUAUGUGCUGGUGAGGCUGCUGCUUUGGGUGCUAGUGCGUCUGCUGCUCCAGGUACUGGUGAGUCUGCUGCCCCAGGUGCUGGUGAGUCUGCUCUCUCAGGUACCACGUCGGCUCAGGCCUUACACACCUUCACCUUUGACUCAGGUGCUUCCCGCUCCUUCUUUCGAGACCGCACCACGCUUACGCCGCUUAUUCGGCCGGUUACGUCUCCCUGGCGGACCCCUCUGGGGUUCCUCGACGGAAUUGGAACUCAACUGAUUGAUUAA